AUGAAUUUCACUAUACCUUACUGCGUCUUCUGGAACGCCACAGAGCGGGACUGGUCAGAUGAGGGAUGCGCUAUUGUCAAAUCUACGAAUGGUAACCAAACAUUCUGCCAAUGCGAACACCUGACUUCAUUCUCUGUCCUCUUUGCCAAAGAAGAUAUAUCUACUGAAAUCCUCGAUAUCAUUACCUAUGUGGGCCUCGGUGUGUCCAUCUGCUGCUUGGUGGUCUUCCUCUUCAUUGAGUAUCUAGUGUGGGGAGCUGUGGUCAAGUCCAACCUUUCGCUUUACCGUCACACAUCCAUCGUGAACAUUGCCACGUUCCUCUUGCUCGGUGACAUUAGUUUCCUGGCCUCUGAAGAUGGAAUUGGCGAAACCAUGUGCUUUACUCUGACAGUAUGCAAACACCUGUUUUUCUUGAUUAUGUUCAGCUGGAUGAUGUGCUUGAGUGUCAUGCUCGUCCACCAGCUCAUCUUCGUCUUCAGCCCGCUGAGGAAAAGAGUCUUCAUGUUCUUCUCCAGCAUCGUCGGCUAUGUUUGCCCAAUCUUAAUCGUGGGAUGCAGCUAUAUGUAUAGCAAGUACACCGAGAAGGAAUACUUUAACAAUAAAACAUGCUGGCUGGUUUUUGAAAGACUCUUGGAGGGUUCUAUACACGCUUUCCUGCUCCCGGUUGCCGGUGUGAUUAUGACAAAUGUAUUUUCCUUGAUUGUCGUCAUUGUUACUCUUGUCAAGUCCUCUGCCCCUGAAGGGGAUGACAAGGAGGCAAUCAAAGGCAUCAUUAAAGUGGUGAUCCUUCUCACGCCUGUUUUUGGACUAACAUGGAUUAUUGGCUUCGCCCUGCUCAUUUUGGACAGCGGCAAUCCCAUGUUUGCUGUUGCUAACUACGCUUUCACCAUCCUCAAUUCCUUCCAGGGCCUUUUCCUCUUUAUCACCGGGUGUUUUGCAGACAAGAAGGUUCGAGAUGAAGUCUUGAAGCUCAUAAUGUCAAAAACAACAGGAAAUGAUGGGACUGUGACAUCAAAGACAAACACGAAAGACAAAUAAAGAAGGAGAUCGUGGAGAUGGAAACAGCAGCUCACGUGUGUGCAGCUCCACUUGAAGCCAACGGCUUUAUGUGUGAUUAUAGUUCCUAGAUAUUUACAUAAAUUGAUAUAGAUAAUAUAGAUGAAUGUCCUAAAGAAAAUGUUACGUUGUUUAUUGUAUUUUUAUUAAGAAGCUUGAGCUACAAAUGUAAUUCAUGACUGUAAUUUAAAUAACACUUGUGUUUCUAUAAUAUUUAUGUAUUUUAUAGGAUUUGGAUAUUAUUAUUAGUUGUACCAGCAUUGACAGUCAUCAUCCUCAGCUGAGGCUGACCAAUAUUUCACAUGAAAACAUAUAUUCCAGGGAUUAAUAUGUAAAUCUAGCUAAUGCAUGGAAUUUGUUUAAAGGGUUUAGCAGAAAAAAAGAUUAUUUUCCAUUACGAGUGCCAAAGAAGUGAAACACAAGACUAACCUGUCACUGUAUACAUUCAACUGACUCAAACCACAUUAUUGGAUGUUUUGCUGACUAUAUUUAGAACAUAGACGUUUUUUUAAAAUAAGUUUGUCAUGGUUUGAUAUUUUGGUUCUAAAGGAAAGUCUUACAU